UCCCUUUCCUCUUUGUCAACCAACAUCAACAGUCUCUCUCCUAACUACUCCACAUCCCGAAACAAUGGGUUGUUGCCUCAGUAGCCACCGCCGCCACAGAAGCGAAACCCACGACGAUUCCCCGCCGGACUACCUGCCGGACGACGACGACCAUCACCACCACCUCCCCAACAACCGCCCGCCCCCCAACCUCGCCUUAAUAUCCUCCGUUCGCACCCUCAGGUCCCACCUCGCCAUGAGCCCGCCUUCCACCCCGUUCAAUCCACGCCGUCCAUCGUCGGGAGAAGAGGACCGCAUUCUUCGGGACCACCACGAGGAAAUCCUCUACCCCAUCCGCUUCACCCAGAAACACGUGUCCUCUUCCAAUCCGCGGGUCGGCGGCGGCCGCUACUGCUUCGUCGGCAACAACCAGAUCGCCGCCCUCGACCGCGAAGUCGACCACGUGUUCGACGAUCUCUCCACCGCCACCACCACCACCACCGCCGCCGCCUUCAAUUUCAGCAAAGAGGCGCAGAUCGGCGGCGACGACAGGACGCCGUCGUCCCGUGUCGGAUCCGGCCAGUGGAGCAUCGGCAGCCCCACUCCGGUCCCCCUGGCGGAGAUAUGGAAGCGGCAGAAUCAUCGCCCUCCUCCCCCGCCGCCGGCGGAUAUGUGGAGCUCCACGGCGGCGCCGGCGAAGCUGCCGGCAAGGGCGCUGAGCAAGAGGGAAGUGAUGAGCAGGAGGGAGAGGGAGAGGGAAAGGGGAAUCAGGUGGGACCCGUCCCCCGAGACGGAUUUUUCCGACACGUCAGCAAGUACGGACUCGACGACCUCGGCAGAAAGGAGGCAUCGGUCCACGUCGAUGAUGGAGAGCAAUAGGAAGGCGCCACGUAAGGUGACGUUUGGGGAGCUGCCGAUGAUGAGGAAGGGAGGCGAUUUCGAAGAUGGGCCUGGGCCUGGGCCGCGGGCGGCCCGUCGGGUGGCGAGAAGUAGGCCGGGCGGAUGGAGCCCACCCGAGGUAAGUGAGAGCUUUGAAGGGUGGUCUUUGGGGACAACUACCGGCGGCGGGUCUGGCCGGAAGCAGCGGCAGAUGGGUCAUGGUGGUAUGGCGACGGCGCCGGCGGCACGUGGACGAGAAGACGAUGUUUUGAUCCGGCAGCGGAUAGGGAGUGAAUACGAGCCUACCAAUGAUCUUUUGUCGAUGGAAGGGUUCGUAUUCUUCUGAGUACAAAUUCCUAGAUAAAUAAUUAAUAAAAAAAUAUUUAUUCU